AUGACAGAAAUGGACGCCCCUCUCUCCACCCCAUGCAAUAUCCAGAUUUGUGAGGUGACCUGCGACUCCUUCCGCAUCAUGUGGGAUAUGACCCCCGAGGACACUGCCAGAGCCACACACUUCUUCAUUGACCUGAGCCGCAAAGAGAGCAGGGACCCCAACCGCUUUAAACACAGGGAUGUGCCAACCAAGCUAGUGGCCAAGGCUGUGCCUCUCCCCAUGGCAGUGAGGGGACACUGGUUCCUCAGCCCACGUACUGAGUACUGUGUGGCUGUUCAAACCGCUGUCCGACAGCCCGACGGCGACUACCUGGUGUCCGAGUGGAGCCAGGUGGUGGACUUCUGCACUGGAGACUAUGCCAUGGAGCACCUACAGCAGCUGCUUGACAAGGCCAAGGGCUCCGCAGGGAGGCUGCUGAAAUUCUCUGUGUUUUAUCGCAACCAGCACCCAGAAUACUUCGACUAUGUCAGGAGGGAAUGUGGAGGGCUAAUGCGCCCAGCCCUAAAAGACAGCAGUGGGAGUCAUGGUUCUCCUAUUAACAGCAAACUGAACGGAGUCUUCUUUAGCUGCAACACAGAGUUUGAUACAGGCCUCCCCCCCAAAGACUCCCCAUACGGCCCCCUUCGUUUCCAGAUCCCAGCUGGACACCUCUUGAACCCCAAUAUCAGCCUGUAUUUUGCAGACUUCUACUGUAUGUACACAGCCUACCACUACGUGGUGCUGGUGCUGGCCCCUGUUGGCUCAGAGGGAGAUACCUUCUGUCGCACCCGCCUCCCUAUGCUGGACUUGGCCUCCAACCCCUUCCUGACAUACACUGCCCCCCAGAGGCCGGGGGAAGAGCCUCUCUACUGCCAUGCCAGCGACGUCAUCCUUGAGGUGCUUUUCACUGAGCCGGUUCCUUUGGAUCAGGGCAGUGUGGAGCUGAUCAGCGGGCACCACCAGCUCAUGAGUCUGACCACAGCCAACGCCAAGAAGGACCCAAGCUGCAAAGUGUGCAACAUCAGUGUGGGGCGCUGAUUUAAGACAGACCCGAGAGUGUGUGAGCCUACAGUGCUGAAAGACGCAGUUUUGCACAGGACAAAACAGUAGAGUUCACCAUGUGUAGGUCAGAACACAGUGGAAACAGCCCACCUCUCUGGGUGUGUGCAUGCUGUUUUCCCUCCUCCCUCCUGCCUGGACUAGAAUAGUGAGUAUUAGACUUUUACCAUGUGUAUCACACAACUCUGUCAU